CAUUUUUUAUGUAGUUUCCAUGGCUUGCUCAUCAUGAAGUUUAUACAGAUACUUUGUUUUUUGGUCUUGUGUGGAAGAACACUAUGUCAGGAACAAACGUAUCUCAUCACAGCUCCAAAGGUGAUUCGUGUAGGAACAUCUGAAGUAGUUGCAGUUCAAACUUUUGGAUACAGUAAUGAUAUGAAUAUUCAGAUUGCUUUUAAAAGCUACCCAGAUAAAGCAAAAACAUUUUCUUCAGGAUUUGUCAAGCUUACUGCUGCUAACAAAUUCCAAGGCUCUGUUCGUCUCACAAUUCUUCCUAAAGAUUUGCCAAAAAAGGAGAGCUCACACCCCUUUGUCUACUUAGAGGCAGUAUCUGGAUCAUUCACUAGGGAGGAAAAGUUGCCUGUUUCCUACGAAAAUGGUUUUCUCUUUAUUCAGACUGACAAACCCAUCUACACACCAGAUCAGUAUGUUAAAAUUCGAGUCUACUCUAUGAAUCAAGACCUAAAGCCAGCCAAAAGGACCGUUAUUUUAAAAUUUAAGGAUCCUGAAGGAGUACUGGUUGAUUCUAUGGAGAAGGAGGACUUCACAGGAAUAGUAUCCUUUCCUAACUUUCAGAUUCCUUCCAGUCCAAGGUAUGGUGUUUGGCAAAUUCAAGCAUUCUACAAAGAAGACUUCACUACUUCGGCCACAGCUGAAAUUGAGAUCAAAGAAUAUGCACUGCCAAGUUUUUCUGUUUCCAUUGAACCAGAAAAUAAUUUCAUCGGUUAUGAAAACUUUGAGAAUUUCAAAAUAACCAUUAAAGCAAGUUAUUUCCAUGGUAGAGCUGUAUCUGGAGCUGAUGUCUAUGCCCGAUUUGGAAUUAUUAAUGAGAAUAAUGAAAAGGUUCCGAUACCCAAAUCGAUAAAGGCUACUGAGAUGACCAAUGGUGUUGCAGAGAUAAUUUUUAACAGUAAAACUGCAGUGGAAGGAAUAGGUCAAAGAAGCCUUGAAGACUUAGAUGGAUCACAUCUUUAUAUCUCAGUUGCAGUGGUAGAACGUCCAGGUGGACACACUGAGGAAAGUGAACAUUUAGAAGUUAAAUAUGUUUUAUCACCCUAUUCAAUAAAUUUGGUUGGCACACCUCUGUUUGUAAAACCAACGCUUCCAUACUACAUAAAGGCUCAAGUAAAGGACAUUAUGAAGCAGCCAGUGGGAGGCAUUCCUCUUGUUUUCAGUGUUACUUCACUUGAUGACAGCAAUACAGAGACUGAACUGAUAAAUGAAAAUGAGAAGGAAGCAAAGAGAACCACAUCGGUGCUUGAUGGAACAGCUUUGUUUGUUGUCAAUAUUCUCCAGAGCACCAAAACUCUACAAUUUAAGAUUCAUACUGCAGUUGAACAUCUCCCGGAAGACAACCAAGCAUAUAAGGAAUAUACUGCAAAAUCUUAUUUUUCGCUCAGUAGCAGCUACUUGUACAUAGACUGGGCAGUACAGCAUAAAACACUGAAUGUUGGGGAAUACAUCAAUUUGAAUUUAUAUGCUAGUAGCCCGUAUAUAGAAAACAUUAAACAUUUUAGUUAUCUGGUCAUAUCGAAGGGGAGAAUUACGCAUUUCAACUCUGUAUCCAGAAUUCCCACAUCAACAUUCCAAAGUCUUAAUAUUCCAAUAACCAGUGAUAUGAUUCCUUCAGCACGUAUUCUGGCAUAUUAUGUUGUGUCUGGAGAAGGUACAACAGAGCUAGUUGCAGAUUCUGUGUGGCUCAGUGUUAAAGAGAAGUGUUUGAACAGGCAAGAGCUUUUACUGCAGAAGGAUUAUACUAUUGCUCACAAACCUGGAGAACAGAUUCAGCUUACUAUAAAAGCACCACCCAGAUCUUAUGUUGGCUUGUCUGCUACAGAUAUUGCAAUACAUAAAAUUAGAACAAGAAAAGAACAAUUUGUGGAAACAAUAUUGCCGACCAUUGAGAAGAGUGACCUUGGAUGUGGGGCUGGAGGAGGAAGCAAUAACAUUGGUGUAUUUUCCCAAGCUGGUCUUACUUUUAUAACGAAUGCAAAUGCAAAAGCAGCUGAAAUAACUGAUAAAAAACCAUGUACUGAGAUUUUGAGACCAAAGCGUGCUUCUGACUUUGCAACAGAGGUAGAAAGAAAACUUCAAGAGUUUAAAAAUGCUGACGUUCGCAAAUGCUGCUAUGAUGGGAUAAGGGAACAUCCAAUCAUUCAGACUUGUUUCGAAAGAGCAUCCCAUAUCACAAGAGGAACUAGAUGUUAUUUGGCAUUUGUAAACUGCUGCCAAUUUGCAAACAAGCUACGGACACAAGACCCUUCCCAUCAAACCUUAAUUCUGGCUCGAAUGGAGAUUCAAGCAAUAUUUGGACUGCAUGAACAGCAGAUACGAAGCUACUUUCCAGAAAGCUGGCUAUGGGAAGUCCAUGACAUCACUGAAAGAAUGAAUUCAAAAAAGAUUUCAAUCACUUUACCUGAUUCAAUCACUACAUGGGAAAUACAGGGUGUUGCUAUUUCAGACGAUGGUAUCUGUGCUGCAGAUUCACUAAAUGUUCCAGUUUUUAAAAAAGUGUUCUUGAAAGUCAAGAUGCCGUACUCAGUUGUUCGUGGAGAACAAGUAGAGCUACAGUGUUCAAUUCAUAAUUAUAAUUAUGAAAGUCUCCAGGCAUGUAUAACAAUGAGUGUUCCAGAAGGAGUCUGCUUAUCCCAGGGUUCUUCAUCUGUCAUACAAGGCAUUCAAAGCACCGCAUGCACCAAAAAAUCUAUUGCAGCUUCAUCUGUUUCUGGACAACCAUUUAUAAUACUUCCUCUUAAAGUAGGCCUUCACACUGUCAAUUUUACACUGAAGUCUCAAUAUGGAAAUGAAAUUGUGGUCCACACCUUAAGAGUUGUGCCAGAAGGUGUUAAAAAGGAAGACAAUGUUGGCUUUACACUGGAUCCACAAGGAGUAUAUGGUGUGAUUAAAAGAAGACAAGAUGUUCGAUAUGAGGUACCUCAGAACCUUGUACCGAAAACUGAUCUUGAACGGAGUGUGAGUGUAAGAGCUGAGAUUUUGGGGGAAAUCAUUUCUAUGGUCCUUAGUCCUGAAGGAGUCAGUCUUAUCACUAACUUGCCAAAGGGUUCUGCAGAAAUAGAACUUAUGCGUAUUGCUCCUGUCAUUUACAUUUUUCAUUAUCUUGAAACCAUUGACAACUGGAACUUGCUGGGGCCAAACACUUUAACCAGAAGAUAUGAAAUGAGAAGAAAAAUGAAAGAUGGACUUGUGAGUCUCAGUUCCUUCAGGAACAAGCUUGGCUAUUCCUACAGUAUGUGGAAAGAUGGAGAACCCAGCACAUGGUUAACUGCAUUUGUUCUUAGGAUUAUGGGGCAAGUUGAAAAGUAUAUUCCACAGAAUGAAAUGGCUGUAUGCAAUUCAAUCUUAUGGCUGAUUGACUAUUGUCAGAACUCUGACGGAUCUUUCAAGGAACGUUCUCAUUAUCGGGCAGUAAAACUACAGGGCACAGGAAUAAAUGAAGCAAAAUUAAAAAGCCUGUAUCUAACUGCGUUUACUGUAAUUGGACUUCACAGAGUUUUUAGCAUAUGCCCAACUCAGGGAAUUAGUGAUGCGAUAAACAAGGCUGAAGAUUAUCUUUUCAGAAACCAAAAGGAUGCAGAUAGCACAUUUGUUUUGGCAAUAACUGCCUAUGCUUUAUCACUCAGUGAUUCAAGAAGUUCCAGUGCAAACAUGCUUUUUGCAUCACUUAAAAGGGAAGCUUUUGUUAAAGGUGAGCCUCCGGUUUAUCGCUUUUGGAAUGAUAAAACGCUGCAGCAUGACACAUCCCAACCAAGUGAAGCAACUGCCCGCAUGGUAGAGACAACAGCAUAUGCUUUACUAACUGCACUGAAGACAGGAAGCAAAGAUUAUGCCACUCCAAUUGUUCGAUGGCUUUCUGAACAACAACGAUAUGGUGGUGGCUUCUUUUCCACACAGGAUACAGUUGUUGCCCUGGAAGCCCUCACAGAGUAUUCAAUUCUUCUUAAGCGUAUCACUCCAGACAUGAUUAUAAAAGUAUCAUAUAAGAAACAAGGAGUACUGAAACAAUAUGAUCUUUCUGAGAACAAGUAUUUUGCACGACCAGUAGAGGCACCCUUAAAGGAUGAUCUGGUUGUAUCCACAGGAAGUGGCACAGGAAUAGCUACUGUAAAUGUAAAAACUGUAUACCAUACCAUUGCUAAUUCUGAUGAGGAUUGUGCCUUUAGAUUACAAAUUGAAGUGCUGCCAGAACAAGCAACUAAUGCAGGAAAAAGAAAAAGACGACAGUCUUCUGAUGAGUUUCUGAAAUAUGGAGAAUCAGUAACUCUGAAAGCUUGUGCUAUAUACAUACCACAACCUAAUGAAGCACAAUCAGAAUCGUCCCAUGCUGUGAUGGACAUUGGCCUAGUUAGUGGACUAGAAGCUGAAGAAGAAGAUUUAAAAACUAUUUCCACUGGAGUUGAUCAGCUGGUUUCAGAUUAUCAGAUAGUUAACAAUCAUGUUAUUCUUCAGUUUGACUCGAUUCCAUCUAAUCAGCCACUCUGUAUUGGUUUUCGAAUAAGACAAAUCUUCCGUGUUGGAAUGGCCAGCCCUGCUGUAUUUACAGUUUAUGAAUAUCAUACUCCAGACAGACGGUGUAGUGAAUUUUACAACCUUUAUGGAAAAAAUACUUUGAUAAAGCUCUGUAAUAACCAGGAGUGCAACAAAUGCAUGGAAGGUGAAUGCACAAAAAUGAAACAAGUCUUAGAUGAAAGCUUAUCUGCAGAAGACAGACAGAAUGCUGCUUGUCACAAAAGCAUUUCCUAUGCAUAUAAAGUUAGCAUUCUUUCAUCCAAAGAAGAGGGAAAUUUUGUUAAGUAUGAAGCAACUAUAUUGGACCUAUUUAAAAAAGGAGAUGAUUUUGUGAAAGUGAAUACAAAAAUAGCUUUUAUUAAAAAGAAAACAUGCACAGAUGUGUUCUUCAAUGAAGGAGACCAUUACCUAAUCAUGGGCAAAGAAGGUGUAAGAAUAAUAGUUGACAGGAGUUUCAGGUAUGAAUACCCUUUGGACAUUACAAAUUGGGUUGAGUUGUGGCCACAUGAGGGGAAAUGCAAAACAGAAAGUUGCAAAAAUGUUCUAAGGACACUAGAUGACUUUUCUUUAAAUUUUCUCCUUUUAGGAUGUAAUUAAGUGGUACAAAUGUUUGUCUAUGCAUUGUAUUAUGACAUUAAAUGAGUGUAUAUUUCAGAUGUUCCUAAUGUAUUAAUUUGUAUAAACAUGUUGCCAAUUACUUUUGAGAGCAGUAAUCAACUCUUCUGAUGAUCUUUUAUUUUUCAUUUCCCGUUCAGUAUGAACAUUAUGUGAGCUACUUUUCACUAAUUCUGAUAAUAAAAUUGAAAAAAGUUUCUUA